AUGGCCGCUCCUCCUGUGGCAUCCUCCUCGCUGCCCGCGGCGGGCUUUGCCCUCCUCUCGAAUCCGACGCUGGCGGAACGCCUCGAGAAGGUCCGGGAUAUUGGGCCAUCUUGCCGCGUGUUGCUACCCAUGCUGACCAUCUGUUUUGCCUAUUCCGCCCGGACACAGGAUCUGGACUCCCGUCGUGAGGAGAUUCAUGAAUGGGUAGACAACCUUGAGACAUCCUUCCGCGAUGUCGCCCAGCAGAAGCUCCCCGCAGUGGACUCGCAGCUGAACUCGCUCGCAGCUGACAUCCACUCGAGUCAGCGCCAGCUGGCGACGCUUUCCGGCCGGACAAUCGCCACCGGAACCCGGCUCGCGCGUCUGGAGAAGAAGAUCGCCAACACGUCCUUCUCAUUGCGGUUCUCGGCCGAGGGCUCAAGGGCGUCUGCCAGCAAUGGACAGCCCGAAGUCGGCACUUGGAGCGUGGUGGUCCUGACGGUCGGGAUCUCCUGCGGGGCCCUGCUCCUGGCGGGGCUUGUGCUGCAUCUUCUGAACCCGAGACUCAGUGUCCUGUGA